GGUGGUGGCUACAGCCAUCUCCUACUUCCGCCGCGUCUAUGUCAAAAAGUCAUUCGCUGACCUGGAUCCGCGCCUGGCAGCGCCAGCGGCGCUGUAUGUGGCGGCCAAGGCGGAGGAAUGCACGGUGCAGGCCUUGAAGCUGGUGCAUAGGAUGAAGAGCCACGCGUGCAUGUGCGGGCACGGCGCCAUGGGGUACGAGGUGAAGGACGUGCUGCAGAUGGAGAUGCGGCUGCUGCAGGCACUCUCCUUCAACCUCAUCGUCUUCCACCCCUACCGCCCCCUCACCACCUACUUGGAUGACGUCAGCAAGACUCUCAACCUUUCGGCCAAUGUGAAAGAGGAUUUCGCUCAGAUGGCAUGCUACUUGGAUGACGUCAGCAAGACUCUCAACCUUUCGGCCAAUGUGAAAGAGGAUUUCGCUCAGAUGGCAUGGUCCAUGCUCAACGACUCCCUCAAAACGGAUCUGUCAUUGUGCCACCCGCCCUUCCUCAUCGCCAUCGCCUGCAUGCACCUCGUGGCCGUCAUGCGCCACGUGGACCUCAACCCGUGGCUCGAGGGGCUCCGAAUCGACAUGCACCAGGUGAGGGCAGUGUCCUCCUCGCUCCUGGACCUCUACGAGAACUUCUCAUCGCUCUCAGAGGAUCAAAUCUCAGCUGCCGUUGGGAAACUGCCCAUGCGCCUGCCCUAGUGCAGCGGAAGUUGAGUAGUUGAACCCUUGUACUAGUAUAUGAGAACAAGUGAUUGAUUAAAGUGAACAAGCAUACAGCAAUAUAUAGAAAGUAGAAAACAAGCAGUUGUAGAAUACAGUUGAAUGGCGGUUAAUCGAGUCGCACAGCGACUCGAUUGUCGCUUCGGUUACCAUUCUUGCAGUUGUAACGAUCAGUCGCAACCUCCGGUUGCGACCCUUUGAGUCCUUUCGUGUUCUUUGUCCACCCCCUCGUGUAACCUCCGUUGA